GGAAGUGAUGUAUUCUUUUGCUACUCCAGGAACCAGAAUGUAUUUUUUGUGACUGCUUAAAAUGAUUUAUGUACUAAGAUACUUGUCACAGAGAUAAUCACAAGUGUUAAAAACUUUGUUGCAGCCUAAUCCUUUCAAUUUGGACUUCAAGAUUUAUCUUUUUUUUAGGACUUCUGUUCUCCAGGAUUCAGAAUGAACAGCCUUUUCUUGCUUCUCUUAGUUCUUCUUUUCAGUAAGGACUUUUCAGGAGUAGAUGGGAAGAAAUGGAAAGGUGAAGGUACAACACCUAACCUGGACAGCAUUAUAAUUGGAAGGUGUUAUGAAUAUAUUAGAAUUGUGAAUCCUGCUGUUGGUGAGAAGAACUGUUCUGAGUUGCUGGAAGCAUUUAAAAAGGCUUUUAUGAACAAGGAUCCUUGCAACAUUUUACCAUCAGACUAUGAAUUAUUUAUUAACCUGUCACAACACUCAAUUCCACCUAACAAGUCUCUAUUCUGGGAAAACAACCAAUUUCUAGUCAGUAGCUAUGCAGCUAGAACUCAUCGAUAUAUGCCCCUAGGUGAUACUCUAAUUGGGGCCUUUGGAGACUUGCUGAACUGGUGUGGACAAGCAAACAAUACUGAAGUAGAUGACUCCUGCCCGACCACAGAAGAAUGUGAAAAUAACGCAGUAGAAUCUUUCUGGCGGAUUGCAUCAAUCAAUUAUGCAAAGCAGAGUUCUGGAAUAAUACAUGUCAUGCUGAAUGGUUCUGCAACAGGAGGAGCCUAUCCAGUUAAAGGUUUUUUUGCAGACUUUGAAAUUCCUAAUCUCCAGAAAGAAAGAAUCUCACAGAUUGAAAUAUGGGUUAUGGAUGAUAUUGGAGGACCAGAUUUGGAUUCCUGUGGAAAAGGCAGUGUACAAAUAUUAGAAGCCCGACUGAAAGAGAUGGGUUAUGACAUCACCUGCACUGACGAUUAUAAAUCUGUAUUGUUUUUACUCUGCGUGGAUCAUCCUGACCACCCCAGUUGUCCUGUUGUGUCGUCUGCGCUAUCAGCACAAAGAGGACCUGUAUUUUCAGACCAAGGAGGCAGCUGGAACAGGCUCACGUUCAUUUCUUUUGCAGCCUUUGUUUUCAGAUCCAUUUUAAUUUACUAAAUCAAUUUGCCUAAUUUGGGACUCCUAAUUGCCUCUGCACUCCCUAAAUUUGGCCACAUUAGGCAUAUCCAGACAAGCAUACACAUGUGGGUUGCACUGCUGCAAACUGCAUAUCCACACUGCUAAUUUGCAGUGUAGCAGCUUUUUUUGACAUCAGGAAAUCCUGGCUUCAGAAACAACC